CACGAUGACGAGGCUAUUCUCGGUUUGUCUUCUGCUGGUCUUUAGCUUUGUACUGAGCCCCGCUCUCGGCCGGCCCAGUCAGCGACACCGGCACGGUGCCGUGGUCAGUGACGCCAACGGCGGCGGACUGGGGCCGGACGGAGCCGACCCGGCUCUGUUCGGAGCCACCGGCGGCUUCCGAGGUGGCCAGGUGGGAGGAUUUGCUGCCGACAUUGCCGCAGGACAUGUGGAACAGAUCGGUGACGGCUACGGAGGACUGCUCGGUGGUGUAGAUGGAGAUGUGGUCGGAAUUCCGUCCUCGAUCUCCGGAAGGAGUUAAAAUGAAACGAAGCAGCUGUGAGGGCUGAAGUGACUGGAUGGUUGUGGUCUGUAUUUA